CAAACCAAGACAAAAUGCAAAAUUGCAACCAUUGCAUUAUCCCAUUUAAUUAAUUGAGGGCACGCCUAGAGAUUCUGUAAAGUUUAAUAAUAUUUUAUAUACUUCCGUAUUUGGGAAUAUAUUCUAUUUUCCUCUGGAUUAUAAUCCCGACUUUAUAAUAAACUUUUGCAAAAAACACCUUAGUUGCCAAGUUUUAUUCUUAUAUCCACUUCCCCCUAUAAAGUCCCACAUUCUUGCAGACAUUUUUCACAAAUCUUAAAAAAAGUCCACCUCAAAAGCCCAAAACAAGAAAAAGGUCAAUAGGAAUGGUGAAGUUUACAAUAAUUGGAAGGGUGAGAGAUGGAAUGGCACUUGCAGCAGGUAAGAGAUAUGUGAAUGAAGAAAAUGAUACUUUCACCACUUACAAGCAACAAGGAGAGUUCAUUCUCCAAGAAAUCUCAAGAGGGGACUUGCCUUCUUCCAACAUGACCAUUCAUGUAGAUCACCAUUACUUCAGGAUUAUGGUUGAAAGUGGAGUAUGUUUUAUGACACUGUGUGACUCAUCCUAUCCAACAAAGCUAGCAUUCCAUUACCUCAAAGAUUUACAACGGGAGUUUGACAAGUUGGAUAGGACACUUAUGGAGAGAGUUUCUAAUCCAUAUAGCUUCCUAAGACUUGAUACAAUCAUUGGCAGUGUUGGAAAGAAAUAUGUUGAUCCAAAGACACAAGCAAAUAUAUCAAAGAUGAAAACUGAAAUUGGAGAAGAACUAGAUGUCAUUACAGAUGACAUGUCAGAAAUAAUAGCCCGAAAGCAAAAGCAUGAGAUUCUGGAGAAAAUGAAAAAAGCAAACUUGAGUGAUUCUCCAAUCUGGGGUUCAAAAAUGCUUGAGAUCAUUGCUGUGAAAUGGAUUCCCAUUGGUAUACUUGUUAAUGUAGCUGUUCUUCUUCUUUGGAGCAGUUCCGUUUUCAAGGAUGAAUUCCAGUGAUUGGUCUUAAGGAUUACAGUAAUGUUGUAUAGGUUGAAAUGAUGAAGUAGUCACAUACUCACAUGAGCAGUGCUACAAGAAAACCAUGAGUCUCCCAUUGAUAUGCAAUGUCCAUAUGCAAUUUCCAAAGGUAAUAUUCAAUCAUCUGAAGCAAAGAGAAUGACAAUUCAUGUAUAGCUUGGAGAAAAGUAAAGAAGAAAGACAUGGUCUAGCUAAAAGGUAAUCUAAAUCUAAGUAAGAACAAGUUCAAUCUAAAAGCAACUAAAAGUUGACUUGAUCAUCCUUCAUGGCCUCUAGCUCCUUUUUAUUGGUGAUUAGAGCAAGUCGAUCUUCAUCAUAUACUUUGACAAUCUUCACAAUUUCUAAAAUAUCCUCCUCAACCUUCGAAAGAGAAGUCUCUAAAUAAAUAACCAUGUCACGGAGUUUAUAAACCAAAGCUUCAUUUUCUUUAGCUUCAGCAAGUGCCAUCUUCACCACUUCUUUCAACCGAGUUAUCUUCGCAUUCAAUAAAUUUAACUUCGGAAGGAUGACAUUAAA